AUGGAGCGUUUUCCAGAUAAAAUUGCUGCAGCUGUAUUUGUUACCGCCUUCAUGCCCCUCAGUGGAACAACUGCCACUGUGUUGUUGAAUGAGGUCGCAUCCAUAAUUGGAGGCUUAGGAGACUCCACAUUUUACUAUGCAAAUGGGAAAGAGAAUCCGCCAACAUCCUUCAAGUUUGGCACACAAUUUGCGCGACAGUUUUUAUCACAGAACAGUCCUCCUUGGGAUCUGACAUUGUGGGAAUCGCUGGAGAGAAAGUUUCCUCUAUGGCAAGAACCUCUUUUGUAUACAGCUAAAGACUAUGGAAGUGUUAGGAGAAUAUACGUCGUGUCGAAAGAGGAUAAGGCUCUUGUGGAGGCGUUCCAGAGAAAGAUGAUUGCAGAGAAUCCUCCACAGAUGGUAUACGAAAUUGAAGGAUCUGAUCACACCGUAUUCUUCUCCAAGCCUCUUGAACUGGCUGAGGUGCUCAUGAAAAUUGCUAAUAUGCGUGUGUGA